CUUGUUGAAAUCUUUGUCGGGACAGCGUGAUAAAUAAGGAUGGAAGCUGUAAUUUUUGUUUUCUCUCUUAUUGAUUGCUGCGCUUUAAUAUUCCUUGCUGUGUAUUUUAUAAUCACACUUUCUGAUUUAGAGUGCGACUACAUUAACGCCAGAGUAUGCUGCAGCAAAUUAAAUAAGUGGGUGCUUCCAGAACUGGUCAGUCAUGCCAUUGUUGCAUUUUUAAUGCUUUUUUCUUUGCACUGGUUUAUCUUCGUACUUAACUUGCCAGUAGCAACAUGGAAUGUAUACAGGUUUAUAAUGGUACCAAGUGGAAAUGUUGGUGUAUUUGACCCAACAGAGAUUCAUAAUCGAGGCCAACUAAAAUCACACAUGAAAGAGGCUAUGAUAAAACUUGGUUUUCAUCUACUUUGUUUCUUUAUUUAUCUCUACAGUAUGAUUCUGGCAUUGAUAAAUGAUUAAAAUACUCUGGAUUUACUGAACUUUUCAAAAGGUGAAGAUGCACUCCAGCAUUCUACAGAGUGCCAGUUGUUGCCAUGCGGGAAAGAGAAGGGGAUGACAGUGCCAUUUUUUAAGUAUAUUUUUUGAUGUAAA